AUGAGCCCCUGGCUGCCCCUGGUCCUGGCUCUCCUGGUGCUGGGCUGUUGCUCUGCCGCCCCCAGACCACACCAGCCUACUGUUGUGAUCUUCCCAGGAGACCUGGGAACAAAUCUCAGCGACAAGCAGCUGGCAGAGGAGUAUCUAUUCCGCUAUGGCUACACCCAAGUCGCCGAGCUGAGCGACGACAAACAGUCCAUGAAUAGGGCGCUGCGCCUUCUCCAGAGGAGCCUGUCUCUGCCCGAGACUGGAGAGCUGGACAGCACCACCCUGGAGGCCAUGCGUGCCCCGCGCUGUGGCGUCCCAGACGUGGGCAGAUUCCAGACCUUUGAGGGCGACCUCAAGUGGCACCACCAAAACAUCACGUACUGGAUCCAAAACUACUCGGAGGACUUGCCCCGCGACGUGAUCGACGACGCCUUUGCCCGGGCCUUCGCGGUCUGGAGCGCGGUGACGCCGCUCAGCUUCACGCGCGUGUCCGGCGCCGAGGCGGACAUAGUCAUCCAGUUCGGUGUUCAAGAGCACGGAGAUGGGUAUCCCUUCGACGGGAAGGACGGGCUCCUGGCACACGCCUUUCCUCCUGGCCCGGGCAUUCAGGGAGACGCCCACUUCGACGAUGAAGAGUUGUGGUCUCUGGGCAAGGGCGUCGUGGUUCCGACCCACUUUGGAAACGCCGAUGGAGCUCCCUGCCACUUCCCCUUCACCUUCGACGGCCGCUCCUACUCUGCCUGCACCACGGACGGCCGCUCCGACGACAAGCUCUGGUGCAGCACCACGGCCGACUUUGACACGGACCGUCGGUUCGGCUUCUGUCCCAGCGAGAGACUCUACACCCAGUACGGCAAUUCCGACGGCAAGCCCUGCGUGUUUCCAUUCACCUUCGAGGGCCGCUCCUACUCCGCCUGCACCACCGACGGUCGCUCAGACGGCUACCGCUGGUGCGCCACCACAGCCAGCUACGACCAGGACAAGCUUUAUGGCUUCUGCCCGACCCGAGUGGACUCCACGGUGACCGGGGGCAACUCGGCGGGGGAGCUGUGUGUCUUCCCCUUCGUCUUCCUGGGCAAGCAGUACUCGACCUGCACCAGGGAGGGCCGCAGUGAUGGGCGCCUCUGGUGCGCCACCACGUCGGACUUUGACAGCGACAGGAAGUGGGGCUUCUGCCCAGACCAAGGUUACAGCCUGUUCCUCGUGGCUGCACACGAGUUCGGCCACGCGCUGGGCUUAGAUCACUCAUCCGUGCCCGAGGCGCUCAUGUACCCCAUGUACAGCUACACGGAGAAGCCCCCCCUGCACGAGGACGACGUGAAGGGCGUCCAGCAUCUGUAUGGCGGCCCUCGCCCUAAACCUGAACCACGGCCUCCUACUACUGCACCUGAAACUCAGCCCACCGCUGCGCCCACGGUCUGCGCCACCGGUCCUCCCACGGCCCGCCCCUCAGAGAGCCCCACUGCUGGCCCCACAGGCCCCCCUUCAACCAGCCCCACGGGUCCCCGCACUGCUGGCCCUUCUGCAGCCCCUACAGCGCCUCUGGCCCCGACAGAGUCCUUAGAUCCAGAGAAGAAUGUCUGCAACGUGGACAUCUUCGACGCCAUCGCAGAGAUCGGGGGUCACCUGCUUUUCUUCAAGGAUGGGAAGUACUGGCGAUUCUCUGAGGCGCAGGGGCGCCGCGUGCAGGGCCCCUUCCUGAUCAGGGACACGUGGCCCGCGCUACCCUCCAGGCUGGAUUCCGCCUUCGAGGAGCCGCUCACCAAGAAGAUUUUCUUCUUUGCUGGGCGCCAAGUGUGGGUGUACACGGGCGCGUCGGUGCUGGGCCCGAGGCGUCUGGACAAGCUGGGCUUCGGCCCCGAGGUGGCUCGAGUCACCGGGGCCGUCCCGCGCGGCGGGGGCAAGGCGCUGCUCUUCAGCGGGCAGAGCUUCUGGAGGUUUGACGUGAAGACGCAGAUGGUCGAUCCCAAGAGCGCCAGCCCUGUGGACCAGACGUUCCCCGGGGUGCCCUUGAACACGCACGACAUCUUCCAGUACCGAGAGAAAGUCUACUUCUGCCAGGACCGUUUCUACUGGCGCAUGAGCUUCCAGGAUGAGCUGAACCAGGUGGAUGAAGUGGGCUACGUGACCUAUGAUAUCCUGCAGUGCCCUGAGACCUAAGGCUCCCCAUCCUGCUUUAGCACUGCAGUGUGGGUCCCCAUGGGGACCAUCUUGAUGAAGAAGGAGCCGGUUUGCUGGAUACAAACUGGUGGGUCUGUUCCAAAGGACAAAGGAUGAGUGGAGGUGGGCUGGGCCCCCUUGUCCCACCUUCCUUUUUUGUUGGAAUGUGUUUAAUAAACUUGGAUUCUCUAA